AAAUAAUGGAUACCAGAGGAGCAACAAAGAAACAUAAAUCAAAAAAGCGCAGUUUCGUGACAUAUUCAAUAUGGCAGCCUCCGCAGUGACAUGGGCUGGUUUAACUGCCAUCGGUCGUGUUUGUGGACAAAUUCACUCUAGGUUGCUCUAUCUUUGCCAUCUUAAGUGUCAUGUCUUCACACAAGUGCAGAGUUAAACAGCAAACAUUGGGAGAGGAAAAAUCUGAUUGUAUAUCCACCACAACAGAAAGAUGAGCCACGCAGACCUGCAGUUAGUGGAGAUCCAUCACUGUAGACGUCAGAUUAAAUACAGCAAAGACAAGAUGUGGUACUUGGCUAAGCUGAUCAGAGGUAUGACCAUUGACCAGGCACUCGCUCAGCUAGAGUUCAACGACAAGAAGGGUGCUCAAAUAAUGAAAGAGGUUCUUUUGGAAGCCCAGGAAAUGGCAGUGAAGAAUCACAAUGUGGAAUACAAAUCAAAUGUAUAUAUUGCUGAAUCAUUCUCAGCUAAGGGAAAAUAUCUGAAGCGCAUUCGUUAUCAUGGACAUGGCAUGUUCGGCAUCAUGGACAAAGUGCACUGCCACUACUUCGUAAAGCUUAUUGAGGGAGUGCCGCCCAAAUUUGAAAAGAAGAUGGGAUUGGACCAGGCCAAGGAGUACGUGGAACAACUGAGGAACAGAACAAUUAUUCACUCACUAUAGUUUAUUACACUUGACUUACUGUUAUUAUCUUUAUGUAAAUAAUAAUAAAGAAAUUAUACCAAAACGCAGCUCAGGAUCAAUCUUGUAGUUCACUGAAUUUCCAGACUGGAAUGCUUGGGUCCUGAAGGGUAACAUAUUAGACAUAAACUAUAAUAUUCAGAACUAAUGUGCACAUUUCAUUUAAACUUGGACACUUGACUUUAGUGGCAUUUCUGUAAAACAUUUCUUGGAAUUUGGUCAACCCCAUUUCCUCCCAUUUUACCAUCUGAUAGUGCAUUCAUAUUUAAUAUUUAAUCCUUUUUUUAGUAGAAUGGCACCAGACCUGUUGUUCAUUGAAUUUGGGACUCUGUCUUGCAUUUACUAUAGGACACAUGAUGAACUUUCACAUAACUAUUAGCAACAUAGAUUUCUACAAGUAAGCUGGUGAAUCUCACAAAAACAUUCCAGGUCACAUUUCACAUACAAAUAAAUAAAAUAAAAUAAAAUUGGUUAACACUUUAAAAUAAGGUUGUAUUUGUUUAGUUUACUACAUUAGUUAACAUAAACUAGCAAUUAUCAAUACUUGUAUUUACAGCAUGUAUUAAUCUUGGUUAAUGUUCAUUUUAACAUAUACUAAUACAGUUUUAAAUUAAAUGUUAUAUUUGUCAACAUUAGUUAAUGCAUUAUGAACUUGCAUGAACUAACAAUAAACAAUUGCAUUUUUAUAAAUGAACAAUAACCAUGAUUAAUAAAUGCUGUAAAAAAAAAAUUGUUGAUUGUUUGUUCAUGACCCGGGGCGCGAGUUGAGGGUGGAUGCGAGUGGAUGCCAUCACCCUUGUUGCAAGAAAUACCAAAAAGCAUCCCCCUUGUAAAACCACCAUCCCCUUACCAACCCCUUUAGAUUAAUUGUGUCAUGUAUUACUUCUUAUCAUGCAAGUAAAAUAUUAAUUUUUCUACAUAUGAUAAAUAACAGACUUUAAAAUAAGGACGAUUUACCGGUCAGAAUUAGAUUUCUGCAUGCGUGAGAUUGCCAGAUUUCUAUAGGUGAAAUUCCCGAAUCAGAUCUGGACACUUGUACAGUUUGGAUAUAUUCUGCCAGGGUGACAAUUUAGUCAUGCAAACUGGCAACCUUAAGCGUGCGGGCUCUCUCUGCUUUACUAAAAGACGCCAGUUUUCUGAAAACACUGUAAAACAUGAAUGUCGGAGUUUAGCGAUGAGUUGACGUGUCCUUCCCAGUGUUCACAUGAAAUUUAUGCCGCUGAAGGUAACCUGAGGGUUACAGGUGCAUAUUAUGGCCAUGUGUCCUAAGGGUCAAUGAGGUGACGCUCAUUUCUGUCCAUAUUUAUUACUUUAAAAAUGCUUAAAAAUAGCCAUUUUGUUAGUUGACCAUAAAAACCAUAAAACAGAGCUGACACCUUCAGACCCUCAAGACUGAGCGUGAAGUUUUAAAAAACAUCUGAUAUUUAUUUUGACAUUUUAAUUAAAAGGCACAUUUUGUUCAAGUCAUGUGCUGUAACCCUGAGAAAACCUUGAUAUUUUUUACUCAAAUAAAUAAAUAAAUAAAUAAAUUUACCUUGAAAAAUUUGUUUGAAAACUUUUUGGAAAUUAAUGAUUAAGUUGUUUAUACUCUCAUGUAUUCAAGGUGCAAAUAAUGUAUUAUAAUACUUUUUCUUGAUGGUUACACCACUUGAUCAUUUUAAACAUUGAAUUUAUAUAGUAGAAAAUGCUCUAAAGGUUUUUAAAAAAUGUAUGACACCAAAUGUGAUACAAAGAUUACGUUUCUGAGAACAUGACAUGUGUUUUAAACUAGACUUUUAAAAGAUUUCUAAUUUUAAUACAUUGGACAACCUUAUUUGUCAGUGACUCAUAAGUAUUAGACCCCCCCCCCCCAAAAAAAAUAAAAAUAAAAAAAACUUUGACUACACCAUCCCUUUUAAAAAGAAAUUAUACAAAUCGACCACUGAUGAUACCUAAUGCAUUUACUAAUGUUAUCAAAUACAACCUUAUUGUACACUGUUACCAAAAUUUUUAUAUUUUACACAAAGAUGUCAACGUUUGUGUUGUUACAUUAUUUAAAUUGCAAUUAAAAAUGCUAA